GAGCUGCUCUUCAGAAGCCGGGGCCGGCGGCCGCGACCGUGCGGGAUCCUAGCCGCAGCAUCCCCCCGCCGCCUCCCUCUCCCUCCCAACGCGUCCUCUCCGCCCACCGCGCUCCAGCCUCGGGGCUGCAGUCCGCGCCGUCCUCCGCCCUCCAGACGCCGCGCUCGCGCCGCGCUCAGCCAUGGGGGACCUGCCGGGCAUCGUGCGCCUCUCCAUCGCGCUGCGCAUACAGCCCAACGACGGCCCGGUCUUCUACAAGGUGGACGGGCAACGCUUCGGCCAGAACCGCACCAUCAAGCUGCUCACCGGCUCUUCCUACAAGGUGGAGGUGAAGAUCAAGCCCACCACGCUUCAGGUCGAGAAUAUUUCCAUUGGUGGAGUACUUGUCCCACUGGAGCUGAAGUCUAAAGAGCCUGAUGGGGACAGAGUCGUUUAUACGGGCAUAUAUGACACAGAAGGUGUGGCUCCAACCAAGAGUGGAGAACGGCAGCCCAUCCAGAUCACCAUGCCGUUCACUGACAUUGGGACCUUUGAGACCGUGUGGCAAGUCAAGUUCUACAAUUACCACAAGCGCGAUCACUGCCAGUGGGGAAGCCCCUUCUCUGUCAUUGAGUAUGAAUGCAAGCCCAACGAGACACGCAGCCUCAUGUGGGUGAACAAGGAGUCCUUCCUCUGAAGAUGGCUCUUUCUGAUGUUGCUGGACAAUCUCUUCAGAAACAUCCUUUUAGGUAACCCAGCACAAGCCUUGGCCAAGGCACGCCACACCGUUGCCGUUUCCUAUCGGGUACGGAUGACCUACUAGCCCCAAUUAUUUUGAAAGUGUGAUUCCUCUCUGAUGCAAUGUCCCUGACUUGAAAGAUCAUGAUGUAUCAUCCCCCAAAAAGAUCCCCUCCUGGAUUCUGUGCUGGUAUUCCUGCAGCUGUGUGUUCUGGUCAUGCUGCUGACCACUUGUGACUGGCGCUCAGUGGAGUGUGCGGGCAUGUCCUCCACUUAACAGUUCCACUGAAUGAAUGCGGUGAUUUGUUUCCAAAGUGAGUGACUCCCUCUCUUUUUUGUUAAAAGUAACCAUGUAUAUGGGUUCUCUCCAAGUGUAGUGUGGUGACGUGUAAUUUGCCAUAUUUUCCUGCUCUCAAAGCAGGUUUUUGUGAAAAUGUGAUACAAACAGCAGUGAAUGGUACUCAAAUGUUUUCAGGGAAGGAUGAUGACAGAAUAAAAGGAUAGAGAUUCAGGAAGUAUUUGUGAUGAAUGAAAACUCAAGUUACUUAGGGUAUUGUGCUGUGGCCUAAUGGCCUAAUGAAAAUGGAGAAAAGCACUGUUGUGGACCACUGUUUAAAAAGGUGACAGGACAGCUAAAGUGUUAGCUCUUUGGUAAACACCCUUAUGUCUAGAUAUGUAUAUUGAUGGCAUCCCUACUUUCCCCUUCACUUGAACUUUGUAAAGCUGUGUAAGGAACUGUAAGCAACUUUUGAUAUUUCUUAAUAAAGGUAUUAAAAAUGUCUUGAUUU